AUGACCAGCAGCACAGCACCAGUCGGCACUGUUGAUACGUUCCAGCUGUAUGAUCUCCGUGUCGAGGUCAUAUGCCCGCCAGGGGAACGUAUACUAUGUGGAGCGAAAGAGGGUGACCAUUUUAUCCUCGAAGGAGAAAUGCUUCAUCUCCCGUCUGGACAAGCAUUUUCCAUUUACUCGCUCAGUGCUGUUCUACCGCUUCUAGCAGCCAAGCAGCGUGUUACCCACCCAAAUGAUUGGAUGAGCACGGAUGCCGAAGUUGCUUGUCCCGACCCAAAUUGCAAGUCUAGGUUGAGAAUUUCGAGGACUGGAGUUAGGACAUUCAGCCAUAGUGAAGUUACAGUUCUUCCCCUCACAUCCAAGGGCUACGGUCAGGCUAGCGCUGGCUCAGCCCUAGCGGCAGCCUGA